UCAAAUUGUUGGAAAAAAAAGAUGUUUUGGCCGCUGCUGAAGCGGCAUUGAUGAAGUCGGAGAAAAAAACACACCAGUGAAACUUUUAGUUCAUUCCCAACAAGAAACGAGAAAAGUUGCUGCCCGCACGAUGGCCAUGUCCAAGGUGAUACGCGUACUUGAAAAGUCAAUAGCACCGUCUCCGCAUAGUGUUCUAUUGGAGCAUCGCAAUCACACCGACUGCAUCCUCUUUGAAUCCCACGUCUGUGCACUGCUCACCCAGCAGGAGAACGUUAUCCGCAAACAGUACACAAAGGUGUGCGAUGCUUAUGGCUGUUUGGGUGCACUGCAGCUGAAUGCUGGCGAGAGCACUGUGCUCUUUCUGGUGCUCGUCACCGGAUGCGUGUCGAUGGGCAAAAUUGGCGAUGUGGAAAUCUUUCGCAUAACGCAAACGUCAUUUGUAUCGCUGCAGAAUGCGGUGCCCAACGAGGACAAGAUUAGUGAGGUGCGCAAGCUGCUCAAUUCGGGCACGUUUUACUUUGCGCAUCAGAAUCCAUCGGCUGCUGGUGCAGGAUCGCCACCAAAUAGCAAGUUCGAUAUUACGCUGUGUGCACAGCGUCGCCAUCAGACCGACGAGACGGACAAUCGAUUCUUCUGGAACCGCAUGAUGCACAUUCAUCUGAUGCGCUUCGGCAUCGACUGUCAGUCGUGGCUGCUGCAGACAAUGUGCGGCUCCGUUGAGGUGCGCACCGUUUACAUUGGCGCCAAGCAGGCACGCGCCGCGAUCAUCUCACGUCUGAGCUGUGAGCGCGCUGGAACGCGUUUCAAUGUCCGUGGCACGAACGAUGAGGGCUAUGUGGCCAACUUUGUGGAGACGGAGCAGGUCAUCUAUGUGGAUGGCGAUGUCACCAGUCAUGUGCAGACGCGUGGCUCGGUGCCGCUCUUCUGGGAGCAGCCCGGUGUACAAGUGGGCUCGCACAAGGUGAAGCUAUCGCGAGGAUUCGAGACCUCAGCGGCGGCCUUUGAUCGUCACAUGAGCAUGAUGAGGCAACGUUACGGCUACCAGACGAUCGUCAAUCUUCUGGGUAGCUCGCUAAUUGGCAGCAAAGAGGGCGAAGCGAUGCUGAGCAAUGAAUUCCAGCGGCAUCAUGGCAUGUCCGCGCACAAGGAUAUCCCACACGUCGUCUUCGACUAUCAUCAGGAGUGUCGGGGCGGCAAUUUCUCGGCUCUGGCCAAGCUCAAGGAGCGCAUGGUCGCCUGCGGUGCUCAUUAUGGCAUCUUUCAUGCCUCCAAUGGCCAGGUGCAGCAGGAGCAAUUUGGUGUUGUGCGCACCAAUUGUCUGGACUGCUUGGAUCGCACCAACUGUGUGCAGACGUAUCUCGGCCUGGAUACGCUCAAUCUGCAGCUGGAGGCAUUGAAAAUGGGCGGCAAACAGCAGAACAUCUCGCGUUUCGAGGAGAUCUUUCGUCAAAUGUGGAUUAACAAUGGCAACGAGGUGAGCAAAAUCUAUGCGGGCACAGGUGCCAUUCAAGGUGGAUCUAAGCUGAUGGAUGGUGCUCGAUCUGCUGCACGCACCAUUCAGAACAAUCUGCUGGACAAUUCCAAACAGGAAGCCAUUGAUAUUCUGCUUGUGGGCUCAACACUUAGCUCAGAGCUGGCUGAUCGUGCGCGCAUCCUGUUGCCCUCGAAUAUGUUGCAUGCACCGACAACGACGCUGCGUGAGCUGUGCAAGCGUUACACGGAAUAUGUGCGUCCUCGCAUGGCACGCGUUGCUGUUGGCACUUAUAAUGUGAAUGGUGGGAAGCACUUUCGCAGCAUUGUAUUCAAGGACUCCUUGGCUGAUUGGCUGCUUGAUUGUCAUGCAUUGGCGCGCUCCAAGGCGCUGGUGGAUGUGAACAAUCCGUCGGAGCAUGCCGAUCAUCCGGUGGAUAUUUAUGCCAUUGGCUUCGAGGAAAUUGUCGAUCUGAAUGCAUCGAAUAUAAUGGCAGCCAGCACCGAUAAUGCCAAACUGUGGGCCGAGGAGCUGCAGAAGACUAUAUCGCGGGACAAUGACUAUGUGCUGCUCACCUAUCAGCAGUUGGUCGGAGUUUGCCUCUACAUCUAUAUACGGCCGGAGCAUGCGCCCCACAUUCGAGAUGUGGCCAUUGAUUGUGUGAAAACGGGCUUGGGCGGAGCAACGGGCAACAAAGGUGCCUGUGCCAUACGCUUCGUCCUGCACGGCAGUUCCAUGUGCUUUGUGUGCGCCCAUUUUGCUGCCGGUCAAUCUCAAGUCACGGAACGUAACGCUGACUAUGCGGAAAUAACAAGGAAAUUAGCUUUUCCCAUGGGACGGACACUCAAGUCGCAUGAUUGGGUUUUCUGGUGCGGUGACUUCAACUAUCGCAUCGAUAUGGAAAAGGAUGAGCUGAAGGAGUGUGUCCGCAAUGGAGACCUAACCACAGUGCUGGAAUUCGAUCAGUUGCGCAAGGAGCAGGAGGCGGGCAAUGUAUUCUCCGAGUUCCUCGAGGGUGAAAUCACCUUUGAUCCAACAUACAAAUAUGAUGUGUUUAGCGAUGACUACGACACAUCCGAGAAACAACGGGCGCCCGCCUGGACAGAUCGUGUGCUCUGGCGUCGUCGCAAAGCUCUGGCGGAAAGUGAUUUCGGUGGCGUUGGCACAGCUGCCUGGAAUCCGGGCAAGCUCAUCCACUAUGGACGCUCGGAGCUGAAGCAGAGCGAUCAUCGUCCAGUGAUUGCCAUCAUCGAUGCAGAGAUCAUGGAAAUUGAUCAGCAGCGUCGACGUGCGGUCUUUGAUCAGGUUAUCAGGGAUCUGGGUCCGCCCGAUUCGACGAUUGUGGUGCAUGUGCAUGAAGCAUCUGCAGAAGCCGACGAGGAUGGACCGACCAUCUACGAUGAGCAUGUCAUGGCCGAACUCAUUGCUGAGCUCUCCAAAAUGGGUGAAGUGACGCUGGUACGUUAUGUCGAGGACACCAUGUGGGUGACCUUUCGCAAUGGGGAAUCGGCUCUGAAUGCGGCCGCCAAGCACAGCACCCAAGUCUGCGGUUUGGAGCUGGUCUUCGAGCUCAAAACACCCGAUUGGCCCCAGCAGGUGGACAGUGAAAUUGAGCUAUGCACCUCAAACACCAUUCCACUCUGCGCCAAUCCCGCAGAGCAGGCGCAGUUACUCCAAUUAACGCCCGAGGUGCCACAGCGGCCCAAACAGCCACCAACGCGUCCGGCGCCAGCGCGUCCGCCCAUGCCCAUGUCACCAAAGAACUCGCCACGACACUUGCCCCAUGCCGGCGUCAUUAGUAUUGUGCCCAAGCCGGCGAAGCCACCGUUACCACCGCAGCCAAUGCAGACGCCAUUGCAGCCGGUGCAGGUGACAAUGCCGCCACCGCCGCGUCCACCCAACAUGCUUUGCGACACAACGCCCUCAUCCAAAUCGCAAUCACCCACGGAGAUGGGUUCGCCGUUGCAUGCCACGUCCGCGAGCUCGCCAAGCUCAUCGUCGGGCAAGGCUUCGCCCAUUGGAGGCGCCACUGCUUUGCCAUCCGGUCCAGCCACACCACCACGUCAAACGCAGAGCAAACAAGGAACGCCAGUAUCAACGCCCACACGGCAAUCCAAGCCACCAUCUCUGGAUCAGGUCUCACCCACACAGGAUACCGCCUACGAGACGACCAGCAACAUAUACGAGGAGAUACAAGAUGAUGUGCCAGCACCACGUCAUCCGCCACCAGCUGCUCCGCCGCCAGUCAUUGGAGCCCUUGAUAGUCCACGUCGACAGCCGGCGGGGCCAGUACCACCAAUGGGUCCACCGCCACCGCUACCCAAUCGUCGUGGCCCGCCACCAAUACCAAAUCGCAGUGGGAAUGCACCGCCGCUACCCACACGCCCCACAAAUAACUAAGAAACCCGAGCAAGCCCAGAUCCAGCUGUCAAGCAUGGAUGGCACUCGAUUCAAAUGGCACUCCACAUAUUUACAUUCCAUUUAUUGUUGUGUUUAAUGUUGGAAAUCGCAUAACUAAAUACUACAAAAAUUAUGUAUUUGCCAAUUGUAUAGAAGAUAUAUCAUUUACGUACAAUGUUGAAGUGUUUCCAGGCAAUAAUUUAAAAACUGAAUUUGUUGUUUAUAUGCAUUCUGUAAGCUCAAAGAAGAGAUUGUAAAUCGAAAUAAGCUUGGUUCAUUGCUUUAAACUUGAAUGUAUCUGUUUCUGUUAUAUGAGCACUUAAUUACUUAACCAACACUGGCCGGAUGUACACACACACACACACUAAAGCACCAAAUAACCUAAGUAUUUAUGUUAACCAUAGCGAGCAAUCUGAACAAACAAACAAAAACUACAUAAUAAAGUAUUAAAUUACUACACAUA